AUGUAGAAAUAGACACCUUUAUAAUCUGACCCAGAUUCUUUAGUGUACUUUAUUAUUGAGUUUAAUAUAGUGAUGCAUAUGAGUAAUUACAAUGCAAAAUGUCACAUCAUAAUUAUGAUGUAGUAGAUCAAAUUGGAUAGAUAUGUUAAAGUGUUAUGUGGGGAGAUAAGAACAAUGACACAUUUUUUGAGUAAGCAUUCUAUUUAAAAAUUAAUCUAGUUACUUUUGUGAUCAAAAGACAAUGUCAUUAUACUUAGAUUUAGUGCAUACUGGAUAAAGGGAAGUUGUAGUGGCAGUAAUUAAAGCAAUUACGAUGCUAUUACAAAAUAUAUAAAGACCAGUUUGCAUAAAUUACAUAUUAAGUCAUAGUGCAUUGAAUGGCAUAAUCACAGCAGAUUAUAAUUUUAGAGAUGAUGAAAUCAUAGCUUAUUACAUAAAUUUAUUAAAAUGUGUUUCAAUUAGGAUUGAUGAACAGAGUUUAUAAUUGUUUUAUAAUUUGGUAUGUAAUUCCAAUCUCCAUAGAAAUUUAGCACAUUUCCAAUGUUAAUGAAGGCCAUCUGUUUUUACAAGCAUAAAGAAAAUUUAAUAAGAACAAGUGUGAGAAAUAUAGUUUUAGGAAUUACUAAAAUAAACAUACCAUAAUUGCGUAGAUAUGUGAGUUCUUUUCCAUUCACAUUGUUUUAUGUUCAAUUUAGUUGUUAUAUGAGAGAUGCUCUAUUUUAUAUUGGAGGUUUAAUUUAAGAAGGAAGACAAGAAUCACAUAAAAUAAUAAAAUUAUUAUUGGAUGACUAAUUAGAUAUUUUAUACUUUUUGGAAGAUCUCUUAAAAACUAAUGUAGAUGCUUUGCCAAUAAUUGUUAAUUCAAUAAUGGUAUAUGGAUUUAUUCCAACUAUAAUAAUGGGAGUUAUUAAGAGUGGCUAAUAAUCUAUAAAAUAAAAUUAAUAACCAUAAAGAUAAUCAAUGAAUUAUUAAUAAUCUCAAAAAUAUUAACAUAAUCGUGGAUAAUCAUUAGGUAAUUUUACAUUUACUAAUAUAUUUUCAUCAUCCUAAUAAACAAAUAAUUAAUAAUAAUAAUAGAUAAUUGAUAUUAAGUUUUGUCUAUUUAUUUUAAUUCAAAUAUACAAAAGUUUUAGUUUCACUUAAUUUCUGGAUUUAUUAACAUUAUUUAUAUUAGGAAAGGAUCCUGAAAUUGUUGAUUUUAUAACUGAUUUAAGUAAGAUGUUAAUUAAUAUUAGAUUCUAAUUCAAAAUUAAAUUCAUAUGAAAAGGAUGUUAGUAUGAGUGAGACAUGGAUAAUAAAAGAGAAAACAUUCAUUCAAGCAUAUUCUUAAUUCAUAUAUAAAGAUUGUGAAAUAAGUGGUGAUAUCAAUAUAAAUGAUAAAGAUGAAUUAUUAAAGGGAGUUUCAUCAUAUGAAACAUAAUCAAUAAAAAGAGAAUGUAUAAUUAUAUGAUUAUAUUAAAAAGUAAAUUGUGAACACUUUAAACCAUUAAUAAAUGAUUCUAAAAGAUAUGAAGAUUUACUUAGUAUUACUGAUAUGUGUGAUAUAACAAUAGUAAAAUCAUAAAAUAAAAGUAAAACAUCAGCUUUGAGUUUUUUGGAAAGAAAUGAUAAAAAUAAAGUAAAUGGAAAUACAAAUAACAAUAAAACACCAUUUUAUGCUUUAAUGAAACAUUUAGAAAGUAAUGAUGAUACUGUUGUAUUUAUGGUCUUAUUAUUCAUUAAAACAUUUAGACAUUAAAAGAAUAUAUCUCAUUCUAUUUUAGAAUAAGUUGGUAUGAUCACUCCUGAUAAAAACAUGGAAUUGUAUAAAAAUUGUUCAGAAACUUCAUUUUUUAUGCAAGAUAAAUUAUUAGGUAUUUUAGAAACAGGAUUACCACCUUAUAGAUUAGGAACAUAUAUAUUAUCAAUUUAAAUGUUAAUUGACUUUUGUAGAACAGAUCUUGAGAGUUAUGAUUUACGUUACAAAGAUAAAUUUAAAAAUAUUGUAUUGACUCAUAUUCAAAAAAUUAAUGAAUAUAUUAAUAAUCCAUUAGAAGCUCAUUAUGUUAUUGAAUUCUUCUAUACAGAAUAUAAAGUCUUAAAGUAAUAAAAAAUUUAUAUCAUUUAUAGCAAGACAUCCAUAUCAAUAUGGCCAUAAACACAUAUAUAAUUAUUGUAUGAAAUGACUCCAAAAGGUGUUUGUUAAAUUGAUAUCAAACAUAAUGAAAGUAUUUAUUUUAUGGAACCUGCAAAUCAAUAAGACAAAGUUAGAAAAGAUAUGAUGAUUUUAUUGAUAUUGAAAUAUACAGCAUCAGUUCUAAUUGGAUUUGAAGAACAAGAAUAAAAAAUACUUGACAAUCCCAAACCAUUUGGGGAUGGUCCUAAUUUGAAAUAUGUUUCAGGAAAUGUCUAUAAUUUGUAAGAAGAACCAUAUUGUUAAUUUAUUUAACAUAUAUGCAAAUAUCAAAACAUUGAUUGUUGCAUUUUAGAGGAUUCUUAUAAUUUAGUAGUCAUGGAUCUGACAUAAGGGUAGAGUGCAGCUAAGUGUAUAGUUUCACAUAAUUUGAAAUAUACAGAUGAAAUGGUAGAGAGACUUAAUUUAAAAAUGCUUCAUGUUACAUAUAGAUUUGAGAAUUAGAAUAAUGUGUUUGAUUUAGAAUUCCAGAACAAACAGUGUUGUUAAGCAGCAAAAAAAAUGACAGAAUAAAAGAAAGUAGCUUUAAGAAAAGAGGAAGUGGAUACUGUAACAACAUAUUUAUAGGCACUCAAAAAUACGUUGAAUUAUAAUAAAUGA